UGUACAUGUAUACCUCUAACCUGGGCAGUUGAUGCAUUAGGGUGAUAUAGUGGCCACAGAGAGACAGUGAGAGCGUACCCACAGGCCUGUGACUGCCUCACUCACCCACCCAGCUCAGCCUGCACCCGCUGUCCGCUCCCCAUUAUUCCUGUACUUAAGCUGCUAUCCACCACUGAUCUGUUUGAUGAGACACCCCCCAUAUGGUUUUACUUGUGUUUAGCUGAGCAGUUUGCUGCAGGAAUCCCUUGUGACUAGUUGUGGCUGGCAGUUUUACAUACUAGGGGAUGUGAGAGAGGAGAGAGGGCGGACGAACAGCGAGGGGAAUCAUUUUAUCCAAUCAGGAUCAGUCUGGUGGUUGUACAAUCAAGCACGCCGACAGCCGGCCGGCCAGUUAUUUUUGUAUGGAGAACCGUUAUUAGCAUUGUGACAUUUAAUGCAUAUAAUAGGAGAAUUGUUCACGGCUGGUGGACUCCAAAAGCUAAGGCUCUAGCUGUGUGUGAGUGUGAGAUACAGUCUAUAUGUUCACACCAUAAAACCACACAGCCAGUAUACACACACUUAUAUGUAGGAGGAUUAUAUAAAAUAGGAAGCUGCCCUCGUGUAGAGGUCACCCAGAUUUGAUUUCCCACCAGACGGAAAUUAUCUACACAAGGUUUUCAGUUACUAAGUGGAUUUAUCACUACAACAACAACAGCAGCAAUGUCAAUGAGCAGUCGAACGCCCGUUAAGAAGGUUCCCAUUCACUUACAGAGUGCCCAAACCCGACUCCUCAUCAAAGGAGGCCGAAUCGUCAAUGAUGACCAGUCAUUUGAUGGUGACAUUUACAUAGAGGAUGGACACAUCAAGCAAAUUGGACAGAACCUGGUUAUCCCUGGAGGUUCCAGGACCAUUGAUGCUAAAGGGAAACUUGUUAUUCCAGGUGGUAUUGACCCUCAUGUCCAUUUCCAGUUCCCUUUCAUGGGUACAGUGUCAGCAGAUGACUUCUACAGUGGGACUAAGGCAGCCCUGGCUGGUGGAACCACCAUGAUCAUUGACUUUGUUCUGGAGAAGUCCGACUCUCUGCUGGACUCAUACGAGAAAUGGCGAGGUCGUGCUGACCCCAAAGUUUGCUGCGACUACGGGCUCCAUGUGGGUGUCACCUCAUGGAAUGAGAAUACCCCCAAAGAAAUGGAAAUACUGACUAAGGAUAAAGGUGUGAACAGCUUUAAGAUGUUCCUGGCGUACAGAGAUGUUUUCAUGCUGGAGGAUGAUGAGCUCUACCAGAGCUUCCUCACCUGUAAGGCACUGGGCGCUGUGGCCCAGGUUCACGCUGAAAACGGCAAGAUUAUUGAACAGAAACAACAAGAAAUAGUGAAUAUGGGAAUUUUGGGACCAGAAGGGCAUGAGCUGAGUCGACCAGAGGAGGUGGAAGGGGAGGCCACCCAAAGGGCAAUAACUGUGGCUGCUCAGGCCAAUUGCCCACUGUACGUCGUCAAGACGAUGAGUAAAACCUCUGCUAACAUUAUCGCAGAUUCUAGAAGAAAAGGUAAUAUUGUGUUUGGUGAAGCCAUUGCUGCUGGUCUAGGGACGGAUGGAACUCACUAUUACAACAAAUGUUGGCGACACAGUGCCGGUCACGUCCUUAGCCCCCCGCUGAGACCUGAUCCCACCACACCUGGAUGUCUGAUGGAUUUGUUAGCUAAUAAUGACCUGCAAGUAGCCGCCACAGACCACUGUGUGUUCAAUGCUGAUCAGAAAGCUUUAGGAAAAGACGACUUUCGCUGUAUUCCAAAUGGAGUGAAUGGUGUGGAGGACCGUAUGUCCAUUGUCUGGGAGAAAGGAGUGCAAUCUGGAAAAAUGGACCCAUGUCGUUUUGUGGCUGUAACAAGUACAAAUGCUGCCAAGAUCUUUAAUAUUUACCCCCAGAAGGGUAGGAUAGCUGUGGGCUCAGAUGCUGACCUGGUAAUUUGGGACCCGGAGAAGACCCGAGUGAUUUCUGCGAAGACCCACCACUCAGCUGUAGAUUUUAACAUUUUCGAGGGGAUGGAAGUGCACGGUGUGCCCCUGGUGGUCAUUAGUAAUGGCAAUGUUGUUCUGGAAGAUGAACAGCUGCGAGUCACACAAGGUGUGGGCAGGUUUGUUCCAAUGAACUGCUGGCCUGAGUAUGUGUAUGGCCGGGUGUUAGGAAGAGAGAAGGCUAACAGGCCAUGCAAAGUGGAGCGUGACCCCUACACGGGCCCUGUGGUGGAGGCUAACAUACAACCUGUCAGCAAUGCCAAGACAUUCACUAACCCCAUCUUGCCAGAGCCAGGAUCUGCUGCGUUCUACCACAACCGGCCCAAAACAAGCAGUGGCGGUAGGAAUUUGCAUGACUCCAGCUUUGCUCUCAGUGGUGCACAGUAUGAUGACAAAUCUCCAAAGCGUCCGCACACUCGAGUCAACAAUCCCCCUGGUGGUAAAUCUACAGGACUGUGGUGAGAAGGGGAGAUAAGCUAGCAUAUGUAUUCCAAUUGGUAUAAUGAAAAAGGCAAAAGGCCAUGAGCUUUUCACAACAUUUUCAUCUUUGUGCUUAAAUGGCGCAUUUUAGUUGUUGUGAAAUAAGUAUGCAGAAAAAAAGUAUAAAAAAGAUGCAAAGCGAGCUUGAUGUGGAAAAAGUCUGUCAAAUGUGUUGUUGACAAAGUUGGGGUAAUUCAAAUCACUAACCCAAAAGACCAGUUUCUGCUGUAAAUCCAGCAUGUUUGGUACAAAAAUCUAUAGCCUGUAGAAGUGAACUGUAGUAACUAGAGUGCAAUCUUUGUAUAUAACAAGUAGCUAUUUAAUACAUGUACCAGUAUCAUAUAUUGAUGGAGCAGUUGUGUGGCUGAUGAAAAUUAAAUGUGGAAGAUAUUGUCUAAGUCUAAAUUUUAUAUGAAUCAUCUUGAUUUUAAAUGGUUGCCUAUAAAUAUGAUACCUAUUCAUCUGGUGCCUACUAUAAAUUGAGCAGGUGAUUCGUGUCUGUAUCGUGUUGCAGAUUUCUUCAAUAAGCAGUGGAUACAUAUUAAUUAAAGCCUUUGUAAGGUAGAAUAUUUCACUGGGUUUGAUGGUAAUGUAAGCAAAUAUCACAAGCCACAGUUCAGCAAGUUCAGGUUACAAUCCAUGAGACUGGAAAUCCAUGUCACAAUCAUUGGGAUAGGAAACUGUGUUACACUACACAAGAUGGAACAUUGUGUUACAAUCCAUGGGACUGGAAAUCCAUGUUACAAUCCAUGGGACUGGAAAUGCAUGUUAUAAUCAAUAACACUACUGUUACAAUCAUAAGGGAAACUUCUUCACAUUUUAACUUCCACUUUUUCUCCAAAGAUUUAUUUAUUUAUUUGAUUGGUGUUUUACGCUGUACUCAAGAAUAUUUCAUUUAUAUGACGGCGGCCAGCAUUAUGGUGGGUGGAAACCGAGCAGAGCCCGACGGAAACCAGUGACCACCUGCAGGUUGCUGGCAGACCUUUCUCCAAAAAAGUUGUUAAAUAUACAAGUAACAUGCAUAUAUGGUACAGGAAGGAUAUAGUGUUUAGAGUCUGGGGAAGGGUUUAAACAUUGGGUGUAGGAGAGAGGUUAGACAUUGUCAUUGUGCUUGCAAUUAGAUUUAAGCAGCUAGAGUCACCAUCAUCACUUUUUGUGUGCAAUGUGUCUGAUUUACUUUAUUUCUCAGGACUUCAUUAUAUUGUGACCAUAAUAUUAUGCAUCUUUACCACACCAUUUCUGAUACGUAAUGUUUGUUUUCUCUCUGUUUGCAUUUGAUUGUUUUCUUCGAAAUAUGAAGUGUAUUGUUGUAUUAGCAGCCCUAAUUUAAAAAAUCUAAGAAAGGCAUAAUUCCGGGGAAACAGAGCUGUAGUACACUGUUGCAGGUUAUUCUUAAAAAGAGUUGAAACCUGGCUUUCUUUCAUUUGGUGUUUUUCUUUGUUUUUGCAUCUGUUUCAUAUUAGUUUCAUGAAUGAAGGAUGUUUGUCUAAAGUAGUUACUCCAUAUUGCCUUUAUGAAAAAAAAAUUACAAAAAUGCAAAUACAGUAUCUUUCACGUGAUGAAUUGUCAGUAUAAAUUAUUUCUUGAAGCGAACGUCCUGUUGUGCACCAUGUUUAAGCCUAUGUCGUUUACGUGGCGGCAGGAGCAGUUGUAAGGCUCACAGACAUGACGAUUUCAGAGUGCGAGUGCAGCUACUUGUGUAAUUAAUAAUAAAGUCCUGGCUUCAGUGUUA